GUAAAAAAUGUCUCCGACGGAUAAGCUCUUCGACAACCCUUGGGCUGAGCUGCUUGCUGAAUUGCUAGAAUAUGACGUUUCUAUAACACCAUAUGAGCCUUUGAGUUUAUAUAUAUAUAUUAACUAUGCGUGUAUACCUUAGAUACUUGAUAGUAUAGAGUUCUCAUUAAUCUUAAACGGAAUCUUAUUGGUCUUUAUUAAAUUAUAGAUUAGAUACAUGUAAGGUACCUCAUGACAUACUGUGAUAGAAGAGCUUCUCUAUGCGGGGAUGCGGGGUGAUAUCUCGUCAAGAGACCAACAGUCUUGUGGUAUGGACCAUGGUCUUUCUCUGGGACUUGGGCAGGUGUAAUAUUACUAUAUAGAGUGUAAUCAUGGCUCGACGGCCAGUCGUCGCUAUCGCUGGUUUAGCCUGCGAAACAUCAACUUUCACACCGUCGAGGACCCUCGCGCCGGCAUUUCACCCCCGGCGUGGCACAGAGAUCAUAGACAAAUACCCCUUCAUUCAAGCCGGUACACCUCUAGGCGAUGCUGCUGAGUGGCGCGGUGCACUUAUUGGCCAUGCCUUGCCGGGUGGUAUUGUGACCAGGGAUGCCUUUGAGUCGCUCUGUUCGGAGAUACUCAGCCGUCUUACGGAGAUGGUGACUGCAGUGAAAGUCGACGGGCUUUGGUUCGAUAUUCAUGGUGCGAUGUGUGUUGAGGGUCUCGACGAUGCAGAAUACGAAUUACUGAGGCGUUGCCGCCAGGUUAUCGGUUCUGACGUCUUGGUGUCGGCGUCAAUGGACCUGCACGGCAACGUCUCGCGGGAGCUGGCGCAUCAGACGGAUCUAAUUACCUGCUACCGCACGGCACCUCAUGUAGACAUUGCGGAAACAAAAGAGAGGGCUUGCAGGAACUUGCUUAAGCUGCUUCGGCGACGAGAGAACGGAGAAGAUACUAUACGCCCGUUCAAAGCUUGGGUGCCGAUCCCGAUUCUACUCCCCGGCGAACAGACUUCCACGAGGGAUGAGCCAGCUGCACAUAUCUACGCUGCUGUUCCUGAAGUUGAGGCUGCGGAAGGGGUAUUAGAUGCAGCCAUAUGGGUCGGCUACGCUUGGGCUGACGAGCCCAGAAACCGUGCUGCGGUUGUGGUAACUGGUUGGGACAGAGAGGCGACUACUAGGGGUGCCGAGCGACUAGCACGGUUAUUUUGGGAUUCGCACAAGGACUUUACCUUCGUUGCCCCUACGGGGUCAUUUAAAGAAUGUCUGGACACGGCAUUAGCAUCGGAUAAACGCCCGUAUUUUAUCUCCGACUCGGGCGACAACCCUACGGCGGGGGGUUCCGGAGAUGUGACCUGGGGCCUAACGCAACUCCUCGCGCGUCCAGAAUUUAAGUCAGAAUCAGGUCCCAAAGUUGUAUAUGCCAGCGUACCGGGCCCCGAAGCAGUCCAAAAGGCAGUCGAAGCAGGCAUUGGGGCGACUGUGACGGUGACGGCUGGGGCAGAAAUAGAUGACAUCCAUGCUGGCCCUAUCACUAUGACAGGACGGGUGCAUUCGAUAAAGCAGGGCGAUAUCCACGCAGAGAUCGAGAUCGUGCUGCAGGUUGGCAGCGUCUUCGCGAUCCUGACCAAACUGCGUAAACCGUACCACCACGAAAGUGAUUUUACGGAAUUAAACCUCGCACCCCGGUCCGCAGAUAUCGUCAUCGUCAAGAUAGGAUACUUGGAGCCGGAAUUAUACGAUAUGGCUGACGAUUGGAUGCUCGGUCUUACACCUGGUGGUGUUGACCAAGAUCUAAAACGAUUAGGGCAUAAGCGGAUUGGUCGUCCCAUGUGGCCAUUCGACCGCCAGUUUGAGGACCCUGAUCUUUCUGCGAGGUUGAUUCCAAUGUCCAAUGAGCCGUUAUAGUACUUGAGUAAAUAUUUCCUAGUUAUGAUGAUGUUAAUGAGUAGAAUUCGUCAUGUUUACCAAGGUAUACAUAUCUUAGGUACAGAUAUGGGCAGCUGAAUAUGGGGGCACUUGGAUGCAACCUAGGUACCUAAGUCAGCCUUAUCAGCUAGGUAGCUAUCAUCAGCUUACAUGCCCUCUGAAAUACCUAAGGUAACCUCCUAACGGACAGGUAGAGAAAGCAAUGGUCAGGGGUAACUCCGCCAGCACUUAUCCCUCCUCCGUCGUCCUAUAUAGUAAGGGACUUAAGUUGCAUUAGUUAGACGCCUUAGUUAAGCUGUUAAGCAAGUAAUGUAACCCCCUUAUGCAAGGCGCAUGUGGC